AUGUCCGGACGAGGUAAAGGAGGCAAAGCCAAGGGGAAGGCAAAGACCCGCUCAUCGAGGGCCGGACUCCAGUUCCCGGUCGGAAGGAUCCACCGUCUCCUGAGGAAAGGAAACUACGCCGAGCGCGUCGGUGCCGGUGCACCCGUGUACCUGGCCGCCGUUAUGGAGUACCUCGCCGCUGAGGUCCUCGAGUUGGCCGGUAACGCCGCGAGGGACAACAAGAAGACCAGGAUCAUUCCUCGUCAUCUCCAAUUGGCCAUCCGCAACGACGAGGAGUUGAACAAGCUGCUCUCCGGCGUGACCAUCGCUCAGGGAGGUGUGCUCCCCAACAUCCAGGCCGUCCUUCUCCCCAAGAAGACGGAAAAGAGCUCUUAA